AUGGACGGUAAGAAGAAAUUCGAUGACACCAGCAAGAAGUUCCGAAAACGUAUGGAAGAAGAGAAAGCGAAGGUUCGUCGAACCAUAUUUAUUGAUGACGAGAUGCCAACAACCAGCAAAAAGAGAAAGACAUGCAACCAACCCAGAAAAACGGCAACAUAUUUUCGUAUGAGCUCUGCAAAACCCCAAGCAACAGUCCGUACAAAAGAGAAAUUGCAGGAAAAGACGGAAGAUGUUUGCAAGGAGAACCAAACGCCACUAAAGAACAAAUAUAUCUCACCCAACAAGGGUAAAGAUCCUGUGAGAAAGGACAACAAGGAUGAAGUUAUAUGCCUGUCGUCCGACGAAGGAGAAAAUGAAGAUCAUGAAUGCUUAAACCCAACUGUCGAAGAAAAUAUACCACCUACUCCCGGUAACGACGUGGUAAACUCGCCUAUGUAUGCGCCACCAAAUUACCAUAUUGAUAAUCUGGGUAACGAGGAACAAGAACCAUGGUUCAGCCCGCUUUAUGGUGAACCAGAAGUUCCAAUGACACCUGGAAAAUCAAAUAACGACGCAUAUUCUCCGCCGUGCGACAGAUGCAAUAGUAAUGAUUGCAGUGAAGAAGAAUUAUUGCCACGACCGGAAGACGAUGUAGAAAUGCCAUCUCCUGAUGAAAUGGAAGAAAUCUUUCGUUCUUCAUUUGGACACUUCGACGAUACAUUAUGUCUCCGGCAACCAUCACCAACAUCAACAUCAUCACCAAAAUCGUCAACAUCAUCACCUCAAAGAAAAAGAAGUGGCUGGUUCACCAUUGACGUCAAAGACGAAAGAUGCCAUAAUUUUUGCGGUCAUAUGGGUUAUCAAAGAUCCAUUAUCUAUCGAUUCUGGGUCGACCAAGCCAAACAAUAUCCAGAAAUCGGUGCUGAUGCAAAUGCAAAUAAAGAAAAUCAAUAUCUUGAUUCGCCCAGUUCAUCCCAAUUGUCAUGGCUAGAAGUUUCACCGAACCCCAGACUGGUCACCACCACUCCAGCACCUAUGAGACGUUUGUCACAAAGCUCGGCUGAGAAAUCACCAAGCCUUACGCCCGUGAUAUCAUUGUUUUCAACUCCAAUAUUGUCACCACUUAAUCUGUCAAUAUUAUCUUCAGUGGGGUCUCAUACUUCAAUAAAAUCGCAGACUAGCCUAUUAUAUUUCGCUCCGUCAUGCGCCCCUAGUCAAUCUAUAAGACAGCAUCAAUCAUCGUCAUCAACAUCAUCAUCGUCGUCAUCACCUUCAUCGUCAUCAACGUCGUCAUCAUCUUCAUCGUCAUCGCCGUCAUCAGCAACAUCGAUAUCAUCACCCGUAUCAUCAACGCCUAAGCCAUCGUCCACAGAAAUUUUGGAAAUAGAAGACGAAAAUGUGCAGCAGCCAGAAGAAACUAGUGAUAAUAUCCCCAACCAAAGGAUGUCGCCAACAACUACACCAAUUCCAGGAUGGGACGAUAUAUCACAAAUGCCUAGCGAACUACGUGCCAAAAUUGAAGACAUUUGUAUCUUAAUAACAGAUAAUGGAACACAAUUUACCUCAAGGAAUUUUAAACGUUUUCUAAAUGAAUUAGGCAUAAAUCAGCAGCUUACUGCACCAUACACUCCACAGGAAAAUCCUACUGAAAGAGCUAACCGAACAAUCAAGACAAUAAUCGCGCAAUUCUCAAGUGAUCAACACAAUAGAUGGGAUGAGUUACUCCCCGAGAUUAUGCUGGCUGUAAAUACCAGUGUAUCUGAAUCAACAGGAUUUUCACCAGCAUUUAUAACUCAAGGAAGAGACCCACGUUUACCAAAAACAUUGUACGAUGAGGUAACCAUUGGUACAGGAGUAGAAAGUUUGAGUUCAUCGAGACGAAAAGAUGAAAUGAAAGAUGUAUUCGAAAUUGUUAAGAGAAAUUUGAGCAAAUCAUUCGAAAACCAGAAAAGAUAUUAUAAUCUAAGAAGGCGUCAAUGGAAACCGAAAGUUGACGACCGACAGAAAUAA